GUUAUUACCUUUCUGAAUAAUUCUUUGUGAUUAUUGCCAGUCACUGUGUCACAGAUUUUGAAAGACCGACCAUAGCCUAGGUCUAUACAACCAACUGCCAACAGAGAAUACAGAGCGCUUUCAAUUUCAGUGCCAGCAACUGCAACUAUUCUAUUUCUACGACGGCUACAGGCACAGGCUACGAUCUCAGUAUUUCCUGACACUUGCAGUGACUUUCAGCGAAGUUAAGCCAUGAUGCUGGGCCUUUUGACAGAGAAGUUUUUGUAGGAUUUGAGAGACCACUGGUUUGAUUACGGUGAGAGCUGGCGGACAGACACAAUGGAGCAGCAUCAUAAAGAACUUAUCCAGACAAACUAUGUGAAAUUGUCCAAUCUCCUCAGCGCAGACGUGGACUCUGUUGCCAGAGAGUUGUGGUCCCAAAAAAUCCUCACCGAUGGAAUGCUAGACAAAGUGGUGUCGAACAACAGCGAUAGGAAGAAGGCGUACGCUCUGUUGGACGUUAUCACAAGGAGAGGUCCGCACGCAUUCCAGAAACUUUACGAAUGUUCCCUGGCUGUGGGUCUGGAGGAUGUGGCAGACGUCCUGAGACCAGACCUAGCUCCCCACGCCCCCCCACGCGCACCUGCCCCUCCACCCAAAGCCAGGAGCACACCGGGCGAAACUUCCGCACCGACGAUUGCUGCUCCGGAGUCCUCGGACGAGGAAGAUCUCCCUGAUGGAAGGCGUAUACGAAAUGAAACACCGGAAAAGAGGGUCACUCAUACUCAUCAACAACGAGAAAUUUGAUCACAUGUCGGACCGUGAUGGUACGCAGAAAGACCGCCUGGCUCUUGACAGCCUCUUCAGGAGGAUGAACUUUAACUUUAUCGUGCACUCCAACAAAACCAGCCAGGUGCUGUUGGAGGUGCUGGAGGAGGAGGCCAGGAAGGACUACAGCUGCCACGACUGCGUGGUCGUCAUACUGCUGAGCCACGGGCACAAGGGGGUCGUGUUCGGAACCGACGGCAAGAUCGAGAACGGCAAGCCGCUCAACUGUGUGGAGAUCGAGAAAAUCACCAAGCUGUUUCGCCAGGCGCCCAGUCUGUACGGCAAGCCGAAGCUCUUCUUUGUGCAAGCCUGUCAAGGAAAUGCUAAGGACUCGGGUGUUGCACCGGGCCAAGCUGCAGAGACUGAGAGUGGGGACAGUCCGGGGAAAGACGACAAACCCAGCCCGGGGAAACCGGCACCCUCACCUGGUCCGACCGGACCGUCCAGUGGGCUGGACACUCAGCAGGACAGUGCUGCUGGUCAAGCGGGGGAGAAGUCCGGCCCGCCUACCCCCAAGGUCACCGGGGCUUCGACAGCGGGCAAGACUUCAGGCCCGGGGAAAGACGCCGUGGAUUCCUGUGAUGAUGAGGGGCGGGACCCAGAGGCUGAAGGGGCGGUGGGGGGCACACAGGCUGAAGGGGAGGGGGGAGAGAGCCCGCUGGAUUUCUUGUCUGAGGAGGAAGGUGAUGCGGCCGGGGAGAAGCUGCCGGGGGCUGGUGAUGUCUUUAUCGGCAUGGCAACGCCGCCAGACUUCCUGUCGUGGCGACGGCCCGACUUUGGCACGUGGUUCAUCCAGGCCCUUGUGGAGGUGUUUGCCAAGUGGGCCUACAAGCUGGAGCUGGAUCAGCUCAUGACCAAGGUGAAUCAGCUGGUGACAAAAGCAGCGACAAAACGAGGCAGCUACAAACAGGUCGGGGAAAAGAGAGGAACGCUGACCAAGUCGUUUUACUUCUUCCCUGGACUCUACGAAGAUAUGGAAGAUUUGUAACUUUAUACAGCAGCUCUGUGUGUGUGUGUGUGUAUGUAUGUGUGUGUGUGUGUGUGUGUGUCUGUGUGUGUGUGUGUGUGUGUGUGUGUGUGUGUGUGUGUGUGUGUGUGUGUGUGUGUGGCCACUAUAACAAGCAACUUUUACCUGGUGCCUGUGUAGUGGUGAAGGAGACAAAGAGCGAGGUAGACUUGUUGACCUUUCCUAUUCGCAAAUGGAGCUUUUAUGUGUACGGAAUACAGAAUGAAUAAAAAAAAAAAUUUAAAAAAUAAAA